AUGGCGCGGUGGUUGUCAUUCUUUGCGGAAUACAACUUUACGGUCGAGUACAAACCAGGACGACUUAAUGUCGUCGCUGAUGCACUCUCACGUCGUCCCGACUUUGAAACAGUCGCGAAACCCAACAGUGAGACAGUCACUGUUGCGGUUAUGACGUCCUCAGUCCCAUCUACAACGUUGUAUGAUGAUGUGAGGCGGGCAUACGCCCAAGAUGCCAUUACUAGUGACAAACCACGUGUUGUCAUCCCAGAUGAUACUGAUCUGCGUUUGCGGAUCAUGUUCGAGUAUCACGAUGCUCCUAUAGGAGGACAUCGUGGCCGAGAGAAGACAUAUCUCACGGUGAGUCGAGACAUUUACUGGCCCCGCCAGUAUCAGUUUGUGCGAAAGUAUGUUCGCGCAUGCGAAGUCUGUCAACGAGUGAAGUCAAGUCCUUCACUGCGUGCACCUUUACAGCCUCUACCGGUUCCGGAUGAGUGCUGGGAAUCCAUCUCAAUGGAUUUCGUCUUCGAGUUACCCAAAGACGUACGCGGGAAUACGGGUAUUCUCGUAUUUGUUGACAGCAAAAUGGUACACCUUGUGGAUGUACCCGAGUCAAUCACAGCAAGUGGCUUUGCUUGUGUCUUUAUCGACACCAUCUUACGACUUCAUGGUUUGCCCCGUGAACUCGUAUCAGACAGAGAUCCACGCUGCACUGCUGAUUUCUGGCGCUCCGUGUUCAAAUCACUCGGAACGCGCUUGAAGAUGUCUACAUCUGAUCAUCCAGAGUCAGAUGGUCAGACGGAACGUGCCAAUCGUGUCCUUGAAGAGAUACUUCGAGGAUACGUACACUUCUUGAAGAGUUGGAGUGAGUUCUUGCCAAUGGUAGAGUUUACCAUUAACAACUCGGUGCAUGCGUCCACGACACAUACACCGUUUUACGUGACUGGCUUGCGCCAUCCGCGUGUACCCACCUUACUAGAGUGCUCUGACGAAGAAGUCAUUGCGUUUGAUGCCGAUAUCGACAACAUCGAUAUCGAAGAAGAUGAUGACAGUGAGAUGCGGAACCCUCACUGA